AGCACACGCCAGUGAUGCUGCUGAGAGGGUUGGUACCACUAGUACCGCUUUUCUCCUCAUUUAGGAAGUUUACAGGACACAGUUGAUGGAGACAAAUGUCUAAAAACCAUGACUCUUUUACAAGACUGACCACGGACGUAUUUGUUUGGUUGAUUUCAUUAGAAACUGCCUCUUUCCAUUUUUUGGCUGAGUCUGGACACCCGGAUGGCUUUAUCCGGGUACCGGCUCCUGGGCUUGCUUUGCUCGGUCGUCGCGCUGUCGGGGCUCCGGAGCUCAGUGGUUGCAGCGGGGAGGAGCUGCGCCGACACCCGGCAGGUGUACGCGGAGAAGGGGUACAGCACCGGCACGGCACCGGUGACUCAAAUCUCAGGCGAGCACUUGAGGCUCUGUCCUCAGGACUACACCUGCUGCUCCAGUCAGAUGGAGGAGACGCUGGCCCUUCAGAGCGAGCGGGACUUCCUAAAAUCGGUGGAGGACCACAGCCAGUUCCUGCUGACCACCUUCACCCAAAGGCAGCGGCGGUUUGACGAGUUCUUCAGAGAGCUCAUAGACCUGUCGGAGAAGUCCAUGAACCAGAUGUUUACCAAGACCUACGGACGCCUCUUCACGCAGAACGCGCACGUCUUCCAGGAGCUGUUUGCAGAGCUUCGCAGAUAUUAUUCAGGGGGCAGUGUGAGUCUGACAGAGGUUCUGUCGGACUUCUGGUCCAGGCUGGUGGAGCGGGUCUUCACACUGGUCAACCCUCAAUAUCAGUUCAGUGACGACUACCUGGAGUGCGUCAGCAAACACGCCGAACAGCUGCAGCCCUUCGGAGAUAUGCCUCGCAAACUUCGCGUGCAGGUGUCCAGGGCUUUUAUUGCUGCAAGGGCGCUAUCUCAAGGCUUGGCAACCGGCCGAGAUAUUGUCAACAAAGCCACAAAGCUGACCCCAGACUCGGAAUGCGUGCGUGGCCUGAUGCGUCAGUGGUACUGCCCGCUUUGUCGAGGAAUGCCCUCGCUGCGUCCAUGCCGUGCCUUGUGCCUGAACGUGAUGAAAGGCUGCUUGGCUAACCAGGCCGACCUGGACACAGAGUGGGACUAUUUCAUCGACGCCCUCUACCAGGUUGCAGAGAAGUUGGAGGGGCCCUUCAACAUGGAGUUGGCGGCAGACUCCAUUUCCGUCAAAGUGUCUGAAGCCAUCAUGCACAUGCAAGAAAACAGCGUCAGCAUCUCCACCAAGGUGUUCCAAGGUUGUGGAAACCCCAGAACUCUUCAAGGACGGUCCAAGCGCUCCCCCAAAGAGCCGGGUGGCAACAGGAGGCCUUUCCGCACCUACACCCCAGAGGAAAAACCCACCACAGCUGCAGGCACCAACCUGGACCGACUGGUUACUGAACUGAAGGAGCGUCUGCGGCCCAUGGGGAGCUUCUGGGUGUCCCUCCCACACACCAUCUGCAGCGAUGACAAAAUGGCUGCCGACGUCACCGACGAGGACCGCUGCUGGAACGGGCAGACCCGCGGGAGGUAUCUCCCGGAGGUGACGGGUGACGGGCUGGCCAGUCAGAUCAACAACCCGGAGAUAGAGGUGGACCUCGGACGGCCCGAUGUGAGGACGAGGCAGCUGCUCAUGGAGCUGAGGGUGGUCACCAACAAGCUGAGACACGCACAGGCUGGACAGGACGUGGACUUUAUGGACAGCGACGAGGGCAGCGGUUCGGGGGGAGAAGACAGCAGAGAAAGAUAUGACAACGACUGGCCGGGCUACGGUCCUCACUCUCCUCCUCACACCAAGCCCGCCUCUCCCCCGGCCUCCAACCCAAACAAGCCUCCUCGGGUGCGGGAGAGAAACAAUAAGAGGAACCGCAACCACGGGCGAGGAGGGGUUAAUUCUGCCACCAGGCCCCUCGCUUGCUCCCCACUUCCUUUCUUACUGCUGCCUUUCAUGUUCAUGCCACAUCGAGCACCUUGGGGCUGAAGGAUGCUACUUUUGGUUAGACCAGCAACAACAACAACAAAAACGGCACAAAAUAUGCGAAAUGAUGAUUGUAACGCCAUUCGAAAAAUUCCACAUGUGAAAUGUUCCGUCUUGAAAAGCAAUAUGCUGUGAUGCUGGGUGGUUUUAACUUAUUUAUUUACUACUGUCUUUAUAUUUAUUUUGCAAUAUUUAUCCUACUCAGGAGUAUCGUCAAAAAAGUGUUUCUGAUAUACAAACCCCAAAACCAGUGAAGUUGGCACGUUGUGUAAAUGGUAAAUAAAAACAGAAUACAAUGAUUUGCUAAUCCUUUUCAACUUAUAUUCAAUUGAAUAGACUGCAAAGACAAGAUAUUUAACGUUCAAACUGGAAAACUUUGUUAUUUUUUGCAAGUAUGAACUCAUUUGGAAUUUGAUACCUGCAACAUGUUUCAAAAGAGCUGGCACAAGUGCCAAAAAAGACUGAGAAAGUUGAGGAAUGCUCAUCAAACACUUAUUUGGAACAUCCCCACAGGUGAACAGGCUAAUUGGGAACAGGUGGGUGCCAUGAUUGGGUAUAAAAGCAGCUUCCAUGAAAUGCUCAGUCAUUCACAAACAAGGAUGGGGCGAGGGUCACCACUUUGUCAACAAAUGCGUGAGCAAAUUGUUUAAGAACGACAUUUCUCAACCAGCUAUUGCAAGGAAUUUAGGGAUUUCACCAUCUACGGUCCGUAAUAUCAUCAAAAGGUUCAGAGAAUCUGGAGAAAUCACUGCACGUAAGCGAUGAUAUUACGGACCUUCGAUACCUCAGGCGGUACUGCAUCAAAAAGCAACAUCAGUUUGUUAAGGAUAUCACCACAUGGGCUCAGGAACACUUCAGAAAACCACUGUCAGUAACUACAGUUGGUCGCUACAUAUGUAAGUGCAAGUUAAAACUCUACUAUGCAAAGCCAAAGCCAUUUAUCAACAACACCCAGAAAUGCUGCCGGCUUCGCUGGGCCCGAGCUCAUCUAAGAUGGACUGAUGCAAAGUGGAAAAGUGUUCUGUGGUCUGACGAGUCCACAUUUCAAAUGGUUUUUUGGAAACUAUGAACUUCGUGUCCUCUGUAACAAAGAGGAAAAGAACUAUCCCGAUUGUUCUAGGCGCAAAGUUGAAAAGCCAGCAUGUGUGAUGGUAUGGGGGUGUAUUAGUGCCCAAGACAUGGGUAACUUACACAUCUGUGAAGGCACCAUUAAUGCUGAAAGGUACAUACAGGUUUUGGAGCAACAUAUGUUGCCAUCCAAGCAACGUUAUCAUGGACGCCCCUGCUUAUUUCAGCAAGACAAUCCCAAGCCACGAGUGACAACAGCGUGGCUUCAUAGUAAAAAAGUGCGGGUACUCGACUGGCCUGCCUGUAGUCCAGACCUGUCUCCCAUUGAAAAUGUGUGGCGCAUUAUGAAGCCUAAAAUACCACAACGGAGACCCCCGGACUGUUGAACAACUUAAGCUGUACAUCAAGCAAGAAUGGGAAAGAAUUCCACCUGAAAAGCUUCAAAAAUGUGUCUCCUCAGUUCCCAAACGUUUACUGAGUGUUGUUAAAAGGAAAGGCCAUGUAACACAGUGGUGAACAUGCCCCUGAAUAUAAGUUGAAAAGGAUUUGCAAAUCAUUGUAUUCUGUUUGUAUUUACCAUUUACACAACGUGCCGACUUCACUGGUUUAGGGUUUUGUAGAUUAUUACCCCCUGAUAAACACAUAAUUGGAAUAUUGUGUUUGCGUCUCUUUUUAUAUCAAGUGAAAAUGGUCAGUAUUUAUAUUUUUUGUGUGCUGCUUUUCUACGUAUUUUUUCUAAAAGCAAGAAAGGAAAAAAAAAGACGUAGUGUCGGAUUGAAUGUUUUUGACAAAGACUCGUAUGUGUCCCAAGAUGCUGAAUGGUUUUUAUGAAGAGAAAAGGAAAUUUGAAUGUAGACAUGAUAACCCCCCCCCAAAAAAAGAAAACAACAAUGACAAUGGAGGGGGAAGAAUGUAUUGAUGAUUUGAGGUUUGAAAUAGUGCGGUAUUUUUUUCCUGUACAACACGACAUUUUGGUCCAUUUGUGUAAAUAACAAAGCAAACAAAAAAUAGAUGCAAUAUGGUUUAAGUGUUGUGGUUUUGUGUCUUUCCAAUUGAUCAGCAUUUAAAGAACACGUCGGUUGAACGGUGAAAAGAGCGCGAUACGUGUUGCCGAUGAACAAGUUAUAUUUUCUGCCUCAUUAAAGCAAAUGAACA